AUGUCGUCAUUGGCGAUCAUGAGAUCGGGAUAUGUGAUUGGUGAGGUCGGCAAUUGCGAGACUCGGCGUCUGAGGAGACAUCCGACUCCGGUUGUGAGGCAGGGUCUGCCGCUGCGAUUUGGAGAUGGUAAGGUCGGGCCCGGCUUUGGGUUGGAGGUCCGGUCCUGGAGUCGAGGAGGGCAGCGGCUAGAUCGUCAUUUGAGGUCGUCGCUUCCCGGUGGUGAUAAGUGGCGUCAGCCCGAGCCCAGCGUUGAAAUAUACGGAGUACUGGUUCAUGGCCAAAGCGAAGUACAUAGGGUGAGAGAAGCUCGAAAUUGCAAGGGCUGA